UCAAAGUGAGAAGAAGAAAGCUAUCACACGCUUCCCCUCUCACAAACAUAUCCAAUACAAUCAUGGAAGAAGCAUUGCGUCGUCUUAACGGAGUCACGCCCACUCAAGAACCCGAUGUCGUUUCAGAACCUCACCCCAAGAAGUGUGCUGCCAAGCGCACUUUGCGUGACACCACCAACUCCGGCACUGCCAUGCGCUACCGUGGAGUUCGCCGCCGCCCCUGGGGUCGCUACGCUGCUGAGAUCCGUGACCCGCAAUCUAAGGAGCGGCGCUGGUUGGGCACUUUUGACACGGCAGAGGAGGCUGCCUGUGCCUACGACUGUGCCGCCCGAGCCAUGCGAGGUGUCAAGGCCCGCACCAACUUCGUCUACCCUGACGCGGCUGAUCCCCAUCUCUUCCACCCCUUUAACCUACCUAAGCAUUGCCAUGUCAGCAGGUUUCCCCAUAACACAAACUUGGGGAGUGACUUUCCUGCGAGUUCCCACAACAGCUCUUCAUCCUCUACCUCCUCUCUCAACAUGCUUCUCUUUCGUGACUUCCUUAACUCUUCUUCUAACCCGUGUUUGCUUUCUUCUGCUUCUUCUCAACAGUUUCAUGACAGUAAAUCCGCUAGUUAUGUGAACCCUUCUUCUUCCACUCUAUCUCCUAGUGCUACUAACUAUCUCCACGGUUGUUGUGUCGGCAACGCUGAUAACUACCAGAACACUGUUAGUGUCAAUCAUGGAGUUGAAGUAGCUGAUGUUAUUGAUGAAGACUCCGACUUUUUCCCGCGUGAGUCUUCGGAUUCUGGGCUGCUGGAAGAGAUAGUCCAUAAGUUCUUGCCGAAAUCGAAGCCUAAAGUGGAGACUUCGACUAUGAGUCAGUCUGUUCCCGAGUCGGUUCCUCAACAGAUAUUUGAUCAUGUGGUUGUUUCUGCUAGCAAGGGUUAUGGUGAUUCCAGGAUGAGGGUUCCCAAGGUUGAAGGUUUUGGUGUCUGUCAUGAUGCUCCCAUGCAGCAAUUUGAAGCUUUUAGUGGUUUUAAUGCUAUGCAUGGUAUGACCUCUAUCCAGAGAGACAACCAGCUUAUGUUGAACCACAUUCCAGGAUUCUCCAGCAUUGAAGAUUAUCUUCAAUAUUCCGAACUUUUUAAUUCCUUUGCGACCAGGAUGCAAAAUGCUUAAGUUCUGGAAAUUGAUGUGUUCAUGGUUGUUAAAUUUACUAGCUUUUAGUGACGGAGAAAACAUGAUCAGUCUGUUUUAUGGUUCUUUCGUUUUAAUCUAUAUCUGAAUUAAUCAGAUCUCUGUGUUGUUGUUGUUGAUUACAUUGUCGGCUGACGUUAAUUCUCUCGCAUUCACGGGGAAUGUGGUUUUUUUAGGGUUUGGUUUUUUAUGAUUGGUAGGAGCUUUAACUAGGUUUAUGUGUCGAAAGUCUAUAUAUGUAUUCUGUCCCCUACUAUGGGUUGGUAAGUACUUGAAAUUAUCGAUAAUCCUGAAAUCGUUGACAGUGCUGUGUUUAAGCAUGCGGUUGCGCUUUUCAGUGCUUGUUUCGAUCUUUUAUGUUUGCAUUAAUUUUGUGUACUGGGAAUUUAAGGGUUUCGUGAGAACGACAUACUCGGAGUAAAGUGAAUAUCUUGUUUUCAAUUGCACGAUAAUGAUAGCUUCUGCGUUGACCUUGGAACUAGGAUAAUUGGCGUCCGUUGUGGCACAUUUUUUAAUAUUUUUAUUUUUUAUUUUUUUAUUUUUGCCCUUUCUUUCUGCUUUGUGCGUUUGUUAUAUCUGUUUAUUCUUCGCUUUGUUCGGAGAACAUCCUGGUCUGCAUUGAACAAUGGCGGGUUGAGAUGUCGUUGUCGUGUUGCUUUUGUUGAGAGUGAAAUUUAUUUAUUUAUUGUAGUAAUGAAAAGGGAAGGUAAGUAAAACCCUAGUAUUGGAGAGUGGGGUGUUCUAGGGAAAAGUGUAGCACUAAAGCUGCUCAUUGAUCGAAAACGAAAAGGUAAGGUUCCAGGGUGAGGAUUUUCAGUAACUCCGCAGGAACAUACUGGAGGAUUGGAGAUCGUAGAAGACCCCAUAAAUAUGCCAUACCCACUUUCAUUGCAUGUUCAUGAAAUUUUUUACCAUGUGAAAGUCCCGAAGCAAGUUUGUGUUAUGAUUAAGAACGUUAUACAGUAAUACAUUUUCAUCCAUUAAUUAUUUAAAUAAAGUGCAUUACAAU